CAGCCCUGCACCUGUGCAAUAAACCAAGCACCCUAAGGUGCUGAGAAGACAACACCAUGGCAGGGGCCUCUGUGAAGGUGGCUGUGCGUGUCCGUCCCUUCAAUUCUAGAGAGACUGAAAAAGAAAGCAAAUGUAUCAUUCAGAUGUCUGGAAACACCACCACCAUCAUCAACCCUAAGCAGGCCAAAGACAACAAGAGCUUCAACUUUGAUUACUCCUACUGGUCCCACACCUCGCCUGAGGACAUGAAUUAUGCCUCUCAGAUGAAAGUAUACAAAGACAUUGGAGAGGAAAUGUUGGUCCACGCCUUUGAGGGCUACAAUGUCUGCAUCUUUGCGUAUGGACAGACAGGCGCUGGCAAGUCCUACACCAUGAUGGGGAAGCAGGAUGUCAAAGAUCAGCAAGGAAUCAUUCCUCUGCUGUGUGAAGAUCUUUUCACAAAGAUAAAUGACAAUACAGACAACAGCACGUCUUACUCUGUGGAGGUAAGCUACAUGGAAAUUUACUGCGAACGCGUGCGUGACCUGCUGAACCCCAAAAAUAAAGGCAACCUGCGUGUACGAGAGCAUCCUCUGAUGGGCCCCUAUGUGGAGGACCUGUCGAAGCUGGCUGUCACAUCCUAUAAUGACAUUCAGGAUCUGAUGGACUCAGGCAAUAAAGCCAGGACAGUGGCUGCCACCAACAUGAACGAGACAAGCAGCCGUUCACAUGCUGUUUUUAACAUCAUAUUUACUCAGAAGUGCCGUGAUGCUGAGACCGAUAACACCUCUGAGAAGGUUAGCAAAAUCAGCCUGGUGGAUUUAGCUGGAAGUGAGAGAGCAGAUUCAACUGGAGCCAAAGGGACGAGGCUUAAGGAAGGAGCAAAUAUCAACAAAUCUCUAACCACGUUAGGGAAAGUCAUCUCUGCUUUGGCAGAAAUGGAUUCUGGACAGAAUAAGAAUAAAAAGAAGAAGAAGGAAAGCUUUAUUCCAUACAGAGAUUCAGUCUUGACCUGGCUUCUGAGAGAAAAUCUGGGUGGAAAUUCUCGCACUGCGAUGGUUGCUGCCCUGAGUCCUGCAGACAUCAACUAUGAAGAGACCCUUAGCACACUUAGGUAUGCAGAUCGCGCCAAACAGAUUCGCUGUAAUGCUGUGAUUAAUGAGGAUCCAAACAACCGCCUGGUGCGAGAGCUGAAAGAGGAGGUGUCUCGUUUGAAAGACCUCCUCUACGCUCAGGGCUUGGGUGACAUCAUUGAGAUGACCAAUGCCAUGACGGGGAUGAGUCCAUCACCAUCUUUGUCUGCCUUGUCCAGCCGUGCCGGAUCAAUUGCCAGUCUGCAUGAUCGCAUCAUGUUCAGCCCAGGCAGUGAGGAAGCUAUCGAGAGGCUGAAGGAAACAGAGAAAAUUAUUGCUGAGCUUAACGAGACCUGGGAAGAGAAGCUUCGUCGAACAGAAGCCAUUAGGAUGGAAAGGGAGGCCUUGCUGGCAGAAAUGGGUGUAGCAAUGCGAGAAGAUGGUGGGACAGUUGGUGUGUUCUCUCCUAAAAAGACACCCCAUUUGGUCAACCUCAAUGAAGAUCCUUUGAUGUCUGAGUGCCUGCUGUAUUACAUCAAAGAUGGAAUCACCAGGGUGGGUCGUGUCGAUGCCUGCAGUCGUCAGGACAUAGUCCUUAGUGGCCACUUCAUAAAGGAUGAGCACUGCACCUUUACCAGUUCUGCUGGACCACUGGGAGAAACAGAUGUCGUCCUCGAGCCCUGUGAAAGUGCUGAGACCUAUGUCAAUGGAAAGAGAGUAACAGAGCCCACUGUUCUCAGAUCAGGAAAUCGCAUUAUUCUGGGGAAGAGCCAUGUGUUCAGGUUCAACCAUCCUGUGCAGGCCAGAGCUGAGAGAGAGAGGACUCCCUGUGCUGAAACCCCCGCUGAGCCCGUAGACUGGGCUUUUGCACAGAGAGAGCUCCUGGAGAAACAGGGCAUUGACAUGAAGCUGGAAAUGGAGCAGAGGCUGCAGGAGUUGGAGGACCAAUACCGUAAAGAAAGGGAGGAGGCCAACAACCUUCUAGAGCAGCAAAGACUGGAUUAUGAGAGCAAGUUGGAGGCACUUCAGAAGCAAGUUGACUGCUAUUACCCAGAAGCCCCAGAUGAAUUGGAGGAGCCAGAGGAGGAAGUGCAAUGGACAGAAAGAGAAAGAGAGCUGGCUGUGUGGAGCUUUCGGAAAUGGAGGUGCUACCAGUUCACCUCGCUCCGUGACCUGCUUUGGGGCAAUGCCAUCUUCCUAAAGGAGGCCAAUGCUAUUAGUGUGGAACUUAAGAAGAAGGUCCAGUUCCAGUUUGUGCUGUUGACAGACACUCUCUACUCCCCACUGCCUCCAGACCUGCUGCCUCCAGAGGCAGCCAAGGACAGAGAGAAGCGACACUUCCCAUGCACCAUUGUAGCUGUGGAGGUGCAGGACCAAAAGAAUGCAGCCACCCACUACUGGACACUAGAAAAACUAAGGCAGAGGCUCAACCUCAUGAGAGAGAUGUAUGAUCGUGCUGCUGAAGUGCCCAACAGCUCCACUGAGAACUGUGAAAAUGUCAUGACUGGAGGCGACCCCUUUUAUGACCGCUUUCCUUGGUUUCGCCUGGUUGGCAGAAACCCCCUUUUCAAGGCAUGCAUGAGCGAGCGCAUGAGUGACCCCACCCCAUCCCCGACCCUCUCCAACUCUGAAAUUACUGAGCUGGCUGAAUCGCAGCGGGAGGGUCGAGGGGAGGAGGAGGAAUUGGAGGACUUGGAGGAUCUGGAUGAUGAUAUCUUUUUGGACGACCCGUGCUUGGAGCUCGGGGGAGAGGAGGAGGAUGAUGAUGAUGAUGAUGAUGAUGGUGAUGAUGAUGAUGAUGAGGGCGAACUCUGCCAAGGCUCCAGCGAAGGCCAGGAUCCCUUUUACGACCGCUCACCAUUAUUCAGUGUAGUGGGAAGGGCUUUUGUUUAUCUGAGUAACCUGUUGUAUCCGGUUCCUCUCGUCCAUCGUGUGGCCAUCGUCAGUGAGAAGGGAGAGGUGAAGGGGUUCCUCAGAGUGGCCGUGCAGGCCAUAUCAGCUGAUGAGGAGGCUCCUGAUUAUGGUUCAGGUGUGAGACAGUCUGGUACCGCCAAAAUCUCUUUUGAGGACCAGCAGUAUGAAAAGUUCCAGACAGAGUCUUGCUCCGUAGGAUUGUCCCGUACAGGGAUUUCCCAAGAGGAGCUGCGGAUUGUGGAGGGAGAGGGACAAAAUGUAGAAAUGGGACUGUCUGCUGAUGAAGUCAACAACAACACAUGUGCGGCUGAUGCAGACGAGUUGGAGAAUCCACUGAAGGCUGGUGUGGAUGGCCUGUUGGACAAAUCUCUGGAGCACCUUCAGAUAGGCAAUGUUUUCACCUUCAGGGUGACUGUCCUACAGGCUUCCAGCAUCUCUGCAGAAUAUGCUGAUAUUUUCUGCCAAUUCAAUUUUAUUCACCGUCAUGAUGAGGCCUUUUCCACUGAGCCAUUGAAAAACACUGGCCGCGGCCCUCCUCUCGGCUUCUAUCAUGUGCAGAAUAUUGCUGUCGAGGUUACCAGAUCCUUUGUUGACUACAUCAAGACUCAGCCAAUUGUGUUUGAGGUGUUUGGACACUACCAGAAACAACCUUUCCUUCCACUCUGUAAAGACGUCAUCAGUCCACUACGGCCCUGCAGAAGACAGUUUCCACGAGUGAUGCCUUUAUCCAAACCAGUACCUGCCACCAAGCUGACAGCUGUGACCCACCCCCAGGUGGGGCUCUGCCACUGCAAAUAUGAUCUUAUGGUUUUCUUUGAGAUCUGUGAACUGGAAGCCAAUGGCGACUACAUUCCUGCAGCAGUGGACCACAGAGGAGGAAUGCCCUGCCAAGGCACAUUCUUGCUGCACCAAGGCCUCCAGAGAAGAAUCGCUGUUACGAUUGUACAUGAAUCAGGAGGUGAUAUGGAAUGGAAUGAAGUCCGUGAGCUUGUUGUGGGACGUCUCCGCAACACGCCUGAAGCUGAUGAGACCAUCAUUGACCCCAGUAUUCUUUCACUUAAUAUCCUGUCUGCUGGGUAUGUCAGACCCACACAAGAUGACAGACAGUUUCUUGAUUCGGACAUGCCUAGGACCUUUUUCCGCUUUGAGGCUGCUUGGGAUAGCUCAAUGCACAACUCCCUGUUGCUUAACCGAGUCACUCCAUAUGGGGAAAAGAUCUACUUGACCCUCUCAGCCUACCUGGAGAUGGAGAGCUGCACCCAGCCUGCAGUGAUAACCAAAGAUAUCUGUAUGGUGUUUUACUCUCGAGACACGAAGCUCUCAGCCUCCCACUCGAUCCGCAACCUUUUUGGUACUGGAAGCUUGCGUGCAGCAGACGGACACCGCAUGACUGGAGUGUAUGAGGUCAGACUCUGUCAGCUGGCUGAUGUCGGCAGCCCAGGCAUGCAGAGGAGACGCAGGCGGGUGCUGGACACCUCAGUGGCCUAUGUCCGUGGAGAAGAGAAUCUGGCAGGGUGGAGGCCCCGUAGUGACAGUCUCAUUCUUGACCACCAGUGGGAGCUAGAGAAACUGAGCCUCCUUCAAGAUGUGGAGAAAACAAAACAUUACCUCUUGCUGAGGGAGAAACUGGAGUCCACCUUGCUCAUGGGCCAAGAGUCUAGUAUCACUGAGGAGCUGAGUGAGUCGCCGAAGGCUCCGGAGGUCGACCCGGAGGUCAGCUUCAGCUCUGACUUCACUGACGAGAGGCAGAGGGAACUCGCUGCCAAGUGUCUGCGACUGCUCAUGCACUCCUUCAACAGAGAAUACAGCCAUGUGUGCGUCAGCGCCAGUGAGAGCAAGAUCUCAGAGAUGUCGGUCACAACAAUCAGAGACUCCACUUCAGUGGCUGCCCUGAACACAAUCACGCCCUCGUCAACAUGUCCUGCCCUGGUGGAUGGAAGUUACAGCAAUCCAGAGCUCAGACUGCCAACACCUCGCUCUCACACUGUCAGUCCAAAUCCCAACUCCCAGCAGGAUGGCGAUCCCAAAACGUCCCUCAGUGGAGCCUCUGAAUUAAAGCCCCGACCCCGCAGAUUUGUUCCCGAUAUCCAAGAAAUCAGAGUGAGCCCGAUCGUGUCAAAGAAGGGUUACUUACAUUUCCUAGAGCCACACACCAACGUUUGGGUCAAGCGUUAUGUCGUUGUGCGCCGGCCGUAUGUCUACAUCUACAACACAGAGCGUGAUGCCGUGGAGCGAGCUAUCCUCAACUUGUCCUCUGCCCAGGUGGAGUACAGCGAGGACCAGCAGGCGAUGCUGAAGACAGCAAACACAUUUGCUGUGUGCACAGACCAUCGUGGAAUAUUGCUUCAGGCUAAUAACGACAAAGACAUGCACGACUGGCUGUAUGCAUUUAACCCCCUCCUUGCUGGGACUAUCAGGUCAAAGCUGUCUCGAAGAAGAGCCGGACAGAUGAGGAUGUGAAACAAGACUGAGCAAAUCUCAUGAGAAAAAAAAAA